GUGAAAUACAAAUCAUCAGGCAACUACAAGGGAACCAAAUUCAACUCUUCGAUGCCUCUUCGUAAAAUGUUACAUAGCUUUUUUCAAACGUGUUUUCUCAUAAAUCUUUUGAUAAGCGACUCGACGCAAUGGGUGAAUUUGUACGGUGAGAAAACAGCGACUUAUCCUAAAUCUACUUGUUCUGAGAUUCCAUACGACGUUUUGAGUGCAGCUAGUUGUUUUCAAAGAUGCCUGGGGACCUUAAGAAUUCAUUAUAUGUUCAGUUACAGCAAAGAUCAACACACUUGUAUGUGUUGUGCAGAUUUAAGCGGAGAUGACCUUGUAAGUCCCCAGUGGAUCUCAUUUGUCCCAGUUUCUUGCAAAGAUGGAUACGUAACAUAUAACUAUACAAAUACCCAGAUCUGUCUUAAGUAUGUAUCAACCCCUUGUACGUACCCGGAAGCUACGGGAUAUUGUCAAGCGGAUGGAGGGGACCUCAUCAGACUCGACAGUCAACUAAAACACGAAAUAGCGACGGACUAUCUACUUCCUAUAGCCAACGGUUCUACAAUUGAUGUGUGGAUCCAAGGAACAAAAGUUGGGAACGACUGGUUCUUCCAUGACGGAUCCAAGAUGCCAGAAGACUUUGAUGCGAUCUGUCCACUUGCUUUGGACAACAACGUAAAUGAAACACAUCUUCGAGUGCAUGGGUCCAGCACAUUUCCCUGCUGGGACAUGGUGCCAACCCGUAGGUAUAGUUUUCUCUGCGAACAGUACCGCCAAUUUACUAUAUAUGAAUAAAGUGUAAAUUACAAAUAUAUUUUUUUGUUUCCAAGAAAUAUCGAAAAACAGUGAACUGUUUUUAUUCAAUAUUUCAUAUAAUUAAAUGUUAACAUAUUUACGUGCUGUUGUCUUUGAUGUAUAAUCAGAUUUUGUUCUCGAUGGUUGUAUGUUGUAAUAAGAUUAAUAAAUGGCACACAACUCCAU